CGAGGUCAGCGCGGGGUCAGCGCGGGGUUGGCGGGGUCAGGAGCGCGGCGGCUCCGCGGCCCGGACGGGCGCGAGGGCAGGAUGUAUACGCUGCUGUCGGGCCUGUACAAGUACAUGUUCCAGAAGGACGAGUACUGCAUUCUGAUCCUGGGUCUGGACAAUGCCGGCAAGACGACGUUCCUGGAGCAGUCAAAAACUCGGUUUAACAAGAACUACAAGGGGAUGAGUUUGUCCAAGAUCACUACCACCGUGGGUCUGAACAUCGGCACUGUGGACGUGGGGAAGGCUCGCCUCAUGUUCUGGGACUUAGGGGGCCAAGAAGAGCUGCAGUCUCUGUGGGACAAGUACUAUGCAGAGUGCCACGGCGUCAUCUACGUCAUCGAUUCCACGGAUGAGGAGAGGCUCUCAGAGUCCAAGCGAGCAUUUGAGAAGAUGGUCACGAGUGAGGCGCUGGACGGUGUCCCCAUCCUGGUGCUGGCCAACAAGCAGGACGUUGAGACUUGCCUCUCGAUCCCUGACAUCAAGACUGCGUUCAGCGACUGCACCUCCAAGAUCGGCAGGCGCGACUGCCUGACCCAGGCCUGCUCGGCCCUCACGGGCAAAGGGGUGCGCGAGGGCAUCGAGUGGAUGGUGAAGUGCGUCGUGCGGAACGUGCACCGGCCACCACGGCAGAGGGACAUCACGUAGGCGUGGCUGGUGCCCACGGGUGCCCACGACAUCCCUGAGUGCCAGAGGAGUGCUCCUGCCAGCUCCCCGCUGCCAGUCCCGGGGGUUGGGUUUGCUUGGCUCUCGGUUCUUCAUUUGCUUUGUUUUUUCUUUAAGACAAACUUUUCCCUGUGUCCAUACAAGUGUAGGUAUCGGGAGGCUUCUGCUGAGGGGAGUCGGGGCAGCAGGGCCCCCACACGACCCCUGCCGGGCCUGCUGGGGUGAGGUCUCCCUUUGGAGCUGCUGCCUCAGCAGCCCUGCCUGCCUUUCCCAGGGAGUCCUGUCUGGAAACGGGCUUCCCUGGGGCUGCUCUGUGCAGCCCCCCAUGGGGGAGGCUCUUGGGGUCAUGACUGUCCUCGGUCUCCAUGGAGAUGGGCUGGUGUCCUCUUGAGGGAGGGAGACCCGGCCCCCUUUGCUGGAGGCCAGCAGGGCCCUGGGUUCUCGGCCCUCAGGAUGGGGCACGGGAGAUCGUCCACUGGGCUGACAUCACCUUUUGAUCCCCAGCAGGAGGGGAAGGAGUGAGUGUCUCCCUCUCUGUCUGUGGCCGAUCUGGGACAGCCAGUUGCCCACACUGGGGGUGG